GAGCCCCAGUCUGGCCGGAGUUGACUGGAGCUGUUGCCAUGACAAGCAUUUUCUUAAGACAGCUCUGCUGUUGAGACCGUCCUAGGCUGGGGGUGGGGUGGGGGCACGAACUUCUUGGGGGUCCGUCCCUCCGAAGACAGCGAGACCAGACACCCGCCCAGCUCCCUGCACCCAUUUUCUUCUCGGGAAGGUCCUUCGCGUGGAAAGGUUGGAGAAGAAGACCCAGCCCACUCCCCCCACCAGCUGUAGCUGAAAAGCCAGAGCGCAAAGCCAACAUCACUAGGUGGUUUGCCACACUGGGGAGAGCGGUGGGUGGUCACCCCACCCUACUCGGUCCAUGGAAGCACGGAGGGACGGUCCCGCUCGGAGACACCUGGAUCAUUGCUAGAAAGAGAGAUUAAUGAAGAUAGUCCCAAAACAAAGGCUGAGAAGCAACUUUCGUCUAAGACAUUUAAGGGCUUCCUCUUUCUAUUGCUGAGUGACUGACUCGUUGACGGGGGCAUGAAGAGGAUCUGUGGCAUCUCCUGAAUGUCGACUAGCGCCAGCUGCUUUCACAUUAUGUCACAACAACCACCUUCUGACACAGGUCAGCUGCCAGCUGCUACUGGAAUCGAGUGGAUCACUGGAUACACAGCCGGGAGAGUCUAGGCUAGAAUCUGCCUUGCUUUCUCUAGUAUACAAUCUCGAGAGAUCUCAGCUGGAACACAGCGGCUACUGGGUCAAGAGGCCUAGCCAUCAUCGUUACCCAGGGAGCCCUCCUCUUUCUCCUGACACCGGCCUACCAUCGCAAUUGCUGGUUGUUGCUAAGGUUGCCUCCAUGGUAACAUGCUUAUCCUGUUUACAUUUCUAUGUGGACAAGUAGUCUAAACUAGGAACCUACCUGCUCUUGGACCUCUACCUGGAGGACACCAAUCAUCGUGACACCACGUCCGUCUUUUACUAAGUUCCCCCAACCUCUUCCUCCUCUCACUAGUAGACUCAAUACAGAAGAAAGGAUCUAGGCCUGGUGUUGCUACUCUGAAACUUAUUGCACAAGAUAUUGUCAAUUUACCCCCUAACUGGCCUCCCAGAGAAGAAAGAAGUGGGAAGAAACGGGAAAGAGAAGACAAGAGACACUGAUCAGUUAGAGGGGAAACUCUACAUCUUCUCUGGUUGAGAGUCUGGUAACCGAAGAAGGCAAAAUGACGAAUCCAGCAGGACAUAACUUGCCAGCCAACGCAGUAGCUGAGAGCCAUGAAGGGGAGUUUGGCUGCACCUUGAUGGACCUGAGAAAGCUCAUGGAGCUUCGAGCAGCUGAUGCAGUGGCCCAGAUCAGUGCCCACUAUGGAGGGGUCCAGGAAAUCUGCGCUAGACUGAAAACCUCCCCUAUAGAAGGUCUGUCUGGGAACCCUAUAGAUUUGGAGAAACGUAGACGUGUUUUUGGAAAGAACGUGAUACCUCCGAAAAAGCCCAAGACUUUCUUAGAAUUAGUAUGGGAAGCCCUGCAGGAUGUCACACUCAUCAUCCUGGAGAUCGCAGCCAUCAUCUCCCUGGUCCUGUCCUUCUACCGACCUCCCGGGGGAGAUAAUGAAAUCUGUGGUCACAUUGCCAGUAACCCAGAAGAAGAGGAGGAAGGAGAAACUGGCUGGAUCGAGGGGGCAGCCAUUCUCGCCUCGGUGAUCAUUGUGGUCUUCGUGACAGCCUUCAAUGACUGGAGCAAAGAGAAGCAGUUCCGGGGGCUGCAGAGUCGCAUCGAACUGGAGCAAAAGUUCUCCAUUAUCCGGAAUGGUCAGCUCAUCCAGCUCCCGGUGGCGGAGAUUGUGGUGGGAGAUAUUGCCCAGGUCAAAUACGGUGACCUGCUGCCUGCGGAUGGAAUCCUAAUCCAGGGAAAUGAUCUGAAGAUUGACGAGAGUUCUCUGACAGGAGAAUCAGAUCACGUCAAGAAGACUCCAGACAAAGACCCCAUGUUGCUCUCGGGGACUCAUGUGAUGGAAGGUUCUGGACGGAUGGUAGUGACAGCUGUUGGGGUCAACUCCCAGACUGGGAUCAUCUUCACCCUCUUAGGGGCUAGUGAGGAAGAGGAUGAUGAUGACAAGAAGAAGAAAGGUAAAAAACAAGGAGUCCCUGAAAAUCGCAACAAAGCAAAGACUCAGGACGGAGUGGCCUUGGAAAUCCAGCCACUCAACAGCCAGGAGGGGCUCGACAGUGAGGAGAAGGAGAAGAAAAUAAUCAGGGUACCCAAAAAGGAGAAGUCGGUGCUGCAGGGCAAGCUCACACGCCUGGCUGUACAGAUCGGGAAGGCGGGUCUGAUCAUGUCUGUCCUCACAGUUGUCAUCUUGAUUCUAUACUUUGUGGUUGACAAUUUCGUGAUACAGCGCCGAACGUGGCUUCCUGAGUGCACUCCUGUCUACAUCCAGUAUUUUGUCAAGUUCUUCAUCAUCGGAGUCACUGUAUUGGUAGUGGCUGUGCCAGAGGGGCUGCCACUGGCUGUCACCAUCUCCCUGGCCUAUUCUGUAAAGAAAAUGAUGAAGGACAACAACUUGGUACGGCACUUGGAUGCUUGUGAGACUAUGGGCAACGCUACAGCCAUUUGCUCCGACAAGACAGGCACGCUGACCAUGAACCGCAUGACAGUGGUACAAGCUUACGUUGGGAACACUCACUACCGCCAGAUCCCCAAACCGGAUGUCUUACCACCCAAGGUUCUGGAGCUCAUAGUCAAUGGCAUUUCUAUCAACUGUGCUUACACUUCAAAGAUUCUGCCUCCAGAAAAGGAGGGAGGCCUACCCCGGCAGGUAGGCAACAAGACAGAGUGUGGGCUGCUGGGCUUCGUCACAGACCUGAAACAGGACUACCAGGCAGUUCGCAAUGAGGUGCCUGAGGAGAAGAUCUUCAAGGUGUACACCUUCAACUCAGUGCGCAAGUCCAUGAGCACUGUCAUCAGGAAGCCGGAAGGGGGCUUCCGCAUGUUCAGCAAGGGCGCCUCUGAGAUAAUGCUGCGCAAGUGUGAUCGAAUCCUGAACAAGGAAGGAGAAAUUGUACCGUUCAGAAGUAAGGACCGAGAUAAUAUGGUACGCAAUGUCAUUGAGCCCAUGGCCAGUGAAGGACUCCGGACUAUCUGCAUAGCCUACCGAGAUUUUGAUGGUGCAGAGCCCUCAUGGGAAAACGAGAAUGAGAUCGUCACCUCGCUGAUCUGCAUCGCAGUGGUGGGCAUUGAGGAUCCUGUGCGCCCAGAGGUACCAGAGGCAAUUGCCAAAUGCAAACGGGCUGGCAUUACUGUCAGAAUGGUGACAGGUGAUAAUGUCAACACAGCCCGGGCUAUCGCCACCAAAUGUGGCAUUUUGACUCCUGGAGAAGACUUCUUGUGCCUGGAAGGCAAAGAAUUCAACAGACUUAUCCGCAAUGAGAAGGGUGAGGUGGAACAAGAAAAGCUAGACAAGAUCUGGCCGAAGCUUCGGGUGCUGGCACGGUCUUCUCCCACGGACAAGCACACACUGGUGAAAGGUAUCAUUGACAGCACUGUUGGGGACCAUCGGCAGGUGGUGGCUGUCACCGGUGAUGGAACAAAUGACGGACCCGCUCUAAAGAAAGCAGAUGUCGGUUUUGCUAUGGGCAUCGCAGGCACAGACGUGGCUAAGGAGGCAUCAGACAUCAUCCUGACUGAUGACAACUUCACCAGCAUUGUGAAGGCAGUAAUGUGGGGGCGGAAUGUUUAUGACAGCAUUUCCAAGUUCCUGCAGUUCCAGCUCACUGUCAAUGUGGUGGCCGUGAUCGUGGCUUUCACGGGAGCCUGCAUCACUCAGGAUUCCCCACUGAAAGCGGUGCAGAUGUUGUGGGUUAACCUAAUCAUGGACACGUUUGCUUCCCUGGCCCUGGCCACAGAGCCCCCGACUGAUUCUCUGUUGAGGCGUCGCCCCUACGGGCGAAACAAGCCUCUGAUCUCUCGCACUAUGAUGAAGAACAUCUUGGGCCAUGCUGUGUAUCAGCUCGUCAUCGUCUUCCUCCUCGUCUUUGCUGGCGACAAAAUGUUUGACAUUGACAGUGGGAGGAAGGCGCCUCUCAAUUCGCCACCCAGCCAGCACUAUACCAUUGUUUUCAACACGUUUGUGCUGAUGCAACUCUUCAACGAAAUCAACUCUCGGAAGAUCCACGGUGAGAAGAAUGUCUUUGCAGGCGUCUACCGCAACGCCAUUUUCUGCUCCGUAGUUUUAGGCACAUUCUUCUGCCAGAUCAUGAUCGUGGAAGUGGGAGGUAAGCCCUUCAGCUGCACAAGCCUUACCAUGGAACAGUGGAUGUGGUGCCUCUUUAUAGGGAUUGGAGAACUUCUGUGGGGCCAGGUCAUCUCUGCAAUACCUACCAAGUCUCUGAAGUUCCUGAAGGAGGCUGGCCAUGGCAGUGACAAAGAUGAGAUCAGCAGGGAUGCUGAGGGAAUGGAAGAGAUUGAUCUUGCCGAGAUGGAGCUUCGCCGAGGCCAGAUCCUCUGGGUCCGCGGCCUGAACCGGAUUCAGACUCAGAUCCGAGUCGUCAAAGUGUUCCAUAGUUUCCAUGAAGCCAUUCAUAAAUCCAAGAACCACGCCUCCAUCCACACCUUCAUGACCCCACCUGAAUACGCUGCCGAUGAAGAAGUAUCGCAAUCAUUCCUGGAUAACCAAGAGGAAAUUCCUGCAUCGGUUUCUAAUUUGGGGACUAGUGUGCUCCUGUUGGAUGGUGAAGCUGCCCCACACGACAACACAAAUAACAAUUCCGUGGACUGCCAACAAGUGCAAAUCAUUGCCUCCCAUCCCGACAGCCCUCUGCAAAACCUGGAGACACCGGUCUGAACUUCCGCUCUCUGAGUUCCACCCCUGCACUCCCUUUUUCUCGUCUUCUAUCCCAUCUGUAUGUGACGGUGGGACUUGUCACUGUUAUGUCAGCUACUCCUAAGUGUGUGAGAAGCCCCACCUGGCCAUGGAGAAGCAGGAGCACAGACCUACCUGGAUUCAGCCAAACCCUGGGAAGGUAACGGGAGAUCUGCUCCUCAGAUGUACCAGCUGUCAUUUAAAGAAAUGGUAGCAAUCCUCUUAGCAUCACCUCAACCCAAUGGUCUCCACAGCAUUCCCACAUAUACCACCACCUCCUCUGACUUGGAGAUUUUAUCCAAUGAGUUUCUGCCAUUUACAUUUACAAGUUAAGUUGUGGGCUCGGCGAGAGACAAAUGCCCCGUGUUCUUGUUUCAGUAGAGUGAUUAUUUGUAAAACAUUUUUUUCCCUAUUUUGAAAAUGUGUACUCUAAGACCUCUAUCUCUUUCUGCCCUUCAGUCUGACAUCCCUCAAGGUUCUUUGGAUCUAAUAUGACCCCCCUCUCCCUGACGCCGUUAUGGUAAUAAUGGAAAGGACAUGGACAAGUUGAGUCAACUUUGGCGCUUUCUGGCCCCAGUAGCACCUUUAAUUUUGUUCUAGAGGCAGGCAGAUUUCUUUGCUAAAAUGGUCUUUUUGGAGCAAAUGAGCUGGCGAAAUAUUUCCCUGUUCUUACCAGGUCAGCACCAACUUCUGAAUGUCUUGUCUUCUCUGGUGUAUAGAGGUUUUUAGGCGUCAGGGAAAUCAGCCCUAACCAUGAGGUUUGUGUAUGUGAAAUCUAUAACUUUACCAUAGGCCUGAGCAUCCUUCUUGCCUGUGGUGGUAGCAAAAGAAUGAAUGGGUCAUGCCCCUGCCUCCUAGCUGGAUGAGGAGCUUCAGAAUCAACAUGGGGCAGGCCUAGGACCAGAAGUCACUGAAGCACACUACUUUCAAGGGUAUUUGCCAGGGCUCUCCCAGGGCAGGAGCUUCUGUGUGUGUGUGGGGGGGGUGGGGUGGGGAGGAGUGUGAGUCUUAAGAAGCUUUAGGAAGGGCUAAAGAGCCAGUCCUUCAGGAUCUGAGAAAGCUUCCUUCACUUUUGUUGUGCCCUGCAACAUUUUCUGUCUCUAAGGAGGUCCCCAACUUCUGCAGACAUUUCUAAUGUUGAAAAUGCAUAUCCAAAAGAGAACAUGAGACACACGCUGGUUCAAGGAGCAAAAGGCCUUACCUGGGAAGCUUCCUGCCCCCCCCACCCCCUUUCACACACCCUCCUCCAUCGUCUCUACUGCUGCCUGGGAAAGUCUGUGCCUUUCUGCCGCCCCCCCCCCCUCCCAACACUGCCCAAAGCACCCUCUGCCCACCCGCCCCACUUCUCAGGAGCUGGGAACUUCACCAAAAGGAGCUUUGCCUUACUGGAACAAGAAGGAGGCACCGUCCCAGGUGCUCCAUUUGUGUAUCUCCGCUGGUCUGAUUUAAGCAGGUUUUUUUUUGUGUGCAGGUGGAUCGAAUUUAUGUCCCCGAGUCCCAUCUCCUGUUAGGUCAGUGAAGCCUGCCUCCCUCUUUCUAGGGUAAUGGGACUAAAAGAGUGCAUGAGGCUUGUGAGAACCAGCUAGACUUCCGUGUGGGAGAGAAAGGUAAAUGAACUUGCCCACUCGUAGCCUCUCCUAGCGCUCUUCCUCCCACUCCACCUUUCACCCACUCUGCCGGGGAGGGGGAGGGGGAGGGGAGGGAAGGAGCAAGCACUGUUCCACACCCAUUCCAGCAUAGUCCAUCCUUACAGGAAGCAGGGAGAAGGUUUUGAUUUGGACUUUGUAAAGUUUACACACUUCAGCAACCUUCCCUCGUUGGGGGGGAGGGGAAGUAUCUCACUCGAGGUGUUGGUUGUUCAACUACAUAUAAAUAUAUAUACAUAUAUAUAUGUAUGUGUAUAUAUAUUUAAGUACAUUACAAGAUUUGAUUCUGUCAACUCUUUUAUUACCUCAGAUCAUUUUUAAAAAGUAAGCCAAUAACGAGUUUCAAAGGCCAUUUUACCAUCCUUGCUCCCAAACGACUCUUGUGGUGCCUAACAGGUUAUUCCUGAGGGCUUAUGUCUACUUUUUUGUAGUUUCCAUAGUAAGAGAGAAAAUAUAGACAUAUUAUGCAAAAAAAUACAGUUUUCUUUAGGUCAGAAACUGACAUUUAUGAGUCAGAUAUAUAUGUAUAUACAUAUAUAUAUACAUAUAUAUAUAUAUAUAUAUAUAUAUAUAUAUAUGUAUGUAUAGUUAAAGAAUUUCAAAUAAAGUGCCACCAUGUCACACUGAGGAGAGGAGCACACCACCGGCUGUUUGGCAUGACAUGUUUCUCAGUACAUUUGUAAUUGGUUGACAACAACAACAACCAAUAUACCAUCUUUCUCCAAACAGCCAUCUUUAUAUUCAGAAAAAAAAUUGUUGGGUUCUAGACUUUUUUAAUAUAAAUUUUGUUGAUACGGAAUUGAGUAAGUUCAAGUGUUUCUGUGCAUAUGUUUUUCUAUGGGUUUUUUUUUUUUU